ACGCAUACGAACGAUCACACAACGCGUACCAUACGUCAUUCUUACGUUUCGCGAGUGUAGUGCCUACAGUGUGGACCCACAUUAACGCUAGAUCAACUCAAAAUCAGUGAAAAAUCUUUUUUAAGUCAGUAACCAUCAAUAGUUCUUCAUAAAAUCGAUCAAAUCUCACCCAAAAUGGAUGUCGAAGAGUUCCGGAACCGUGGUAAAGAGAUGAUAGACUAUAUUUGUACCUAUAUGACGAAUUUGGGGACUCAGAGGGUUACUCCUCAGGUUGAGCCGGGGUAUUUGAAGGAUUUGGUGCCGAGUGAGGCACCAAUGGAGCCGGAAAAAUGGGAAGAUAUCAUGGAUGAUGUGGAUAAGAAAAUUAUGCCUGGGAUAACACACUGGCAGCAUCCGAGGUUCCACGCUUACUUUCCCAGUGGAAAUUCCUAUCCGUCAAUUUUGGCAGAUAUGUUGUCUGAUGCUAUCGGAUGUAUUGGAUUUUCUUGGGCUGCCAGCCCCGCAUGCACAGAACUCGAGACCAUCGUCAUGGACUGGUUCGGUAAAGCCAUAGGCCUCCCUUUCGAUUUCAUCACCUCCAACAAAGGAAGCACAGGAGGAGGCGUCAUACAAACCUGCGCCAGCGAGUGCGUCCUCAUCAGCAUGCUCGCGGCCAGGAACCAAGCCAUCCAAUACCUGAGGAAAAACAGAAGCUCAGACGUUGAAGACAGCGUUUUUCUACCACAACUAGUAGCAUACUGUUCCAAAGAAGCUCAUUCUUGCGUCGAAAAAGCCGCCAAAAUCCUUUUAGUGCGUUUAAGAAUCCUGGAUCCUGAUGAAUCAGGGUCUUUGGGCAAAGAAACGCUGGAAGAUGCCAUAAGAAAAGAUAAAGAGAAUGGACUCUUUCCAUUUUUCGUUUCUGCAAUCUUAGGAUCAACUUCAAGCUGUUCUUUUGAUAACCUCCAAGUACUUGGACCUAUUUGCAAGGCUGAACCUUGCAUUUGGUUGCAUGUAGACGCUGCAUACGCUGGAAACGCUUUUAUUUGUCCAGAACUCAAACCAUACCUCCAAGGAAUCGAAUACGCAGACUCGUUCAACACCAAUCCAAACAAAUGGCUUUUAGUAAACUUCGAUUGCUCCUGUCUCUGGGUUAGGUGCAGAGUUAAACUCACCUCAGCCCUAGUAGUAGAUCCUCUAUACCUCCAACACGCCAACUCAGACGAAGCUAUCGAUUACAGACACUGGGGAAUCCCUCUGAGUCGAAGAUUUCGUUCACUGAAGCUCUGGUUUGUGAUCAGAAAGUACGGGCUAUCUGGAUUACAAAAGUACAUAAGAAACCACAUAAAAUUAGCGAAACAUUUCGAGAGCUUGGUGAAGAAAGACCAAAGAUUCGAGGUGAUGAACGAUGUGAGAUUAGGAUUAGUUUGUUUUAGACUUGUUGGUAAUGAUCACAUAAAUCAGGACCUUCUGGCAAACGUGAACGCUUCAGGGAAGCUUCAUAUGAUCCCUUCGAUGGUUAGGGAUAAGUAUGUGAUCAGAUUUUGCGUGAAUGCCGAGCAUGCGAGUAGGGAUGAUGUUGAGCAUGCUUUUAGGGUGAUUUCUGAGUACGCUUCUGAGCUGAUAGAGCCUGUGAAGAAAAAGGAGCAUGUGAAACCGCCUUUAACGAGGCAGGAGUCGAAGAGAUUUUCGUUUACGAGGAGUAUCUCGAAAGAGUUGUACAAAAGAUCGAAAAGCCGAACGAAUUUGUUGGAUGGAGCUACUCCAAUCCUCGUAGCCGACUCAGACGAAGAAGAGGGUGAUGUUCCUCGAGAUGAUAACGUAGAUAUAGUGGACUUACUAGCUAGUAGUUUAGACGAUAACGUUUUUCUAGAUGACUGUAAAAAAAACUUCAAAUUCCUCCCGACGAGUCCGACGGAGAUUAAAUGCAGUGGUUUUUAGUGGUAGGUUUUUAGAAAAUUAUAGACAAAUCAGUAUAAAUAACAUUUUUUUGGUUGUCAUUACCAAUUCUUUGUACAUCCAGUAUUACUAGCUUUAAGUCUGAAUAGUAUUUAUUAUUUUUUUAAUUUAUUGUCAUAUCACUUUUCCUACUCUUCGAUUUUUAGUUUUACUUGUUUUAUAAUAAAGA